AUGCCAGUUCCACAAUACGACGCCAUCGGCGACCGCUACACCGAAGUCGCGAAUCUCCCAACCGGCUUCCUCCAACAAGCAGCCAUGAAAGCCCUCGUGGGCGACAUCUCAGGCCUCACGGUGCUAGACCUCGCCUGCAACACCGGAUCCUAUACCCACAAGACCGUCACAGAAUGGGGAGCACGGCACGCCGUCGGGGUGGACAUAUCACCCCUAACAAUCGACAUUGCGCGAAGACGCGCCCGGAACGAUCCACGAGUUUAA